CUAUAAAUAGGAGGGAUGAAGCCAGCAGAGAUCAGAUUCUCUCUACAGAGACCUCUACAGCACAGAGAUCCAGACAUGGCACCUACAAUCACUGCAGCAAUGACCAAUUCUCAGGAGCAUCUGACUCUGACCCACAAGCUCAGAAAGCCUCUGGUGGAGAAGUUACGCAGAGAGCGAAUCAACAGCAGCAUUGAGCAGCUCAAGUCUCUCCUGAGUCCAGAGUUCCUCAAACAGCAGCCAGACUCCAAGCUGGAGAAAGCAGACAUCCUGGAGAUGACAGUUUGUGUCCUGAGACGGCUGCAGCAGCAGAAUCAACAUGUGGACUCAGCAGCUGUCGGUCAGGGCUAUUCCAGAUGUGUCCAAGAGGUCACACACUUCCUGUCCAAAGAACCGGUGAAGACCCAGUCCCAGAGAAGACUGCUGAACCACAUCAACAAGCUGCAGUCUUCCUCUGAUAACAACCUGAGAGAGGCUGACUUCUCUCUUCUGAGCUCCACAGUCCAGACCAGCAUCACCAAAGAGAAGAGUCCAGUCAACAGCGCCGUCUGGAGGCCGUGGUAGACACCUACAGACUGGAGUUACUACCAGACAAACUGAGAUGACCAUAUUGGUCAAAGAUUACUGGACUCAAGUCUUUGAAAUGUUAUGGACUUGUUCUUCUGAUUGUACAGAAGGUUGUAGUUUGUGUUAGUUUUCUUUCUGUAAGAUGACAUUUCCUGAG